ACUCUGUGUUGAGGCGCUGAGCAGGAAACAGCUUUUCCUCUUGGAUUGUCGCAGUAGGAACAAACAUACAUUUUUGUCUUUACUCAAUGCACCCCUCGGCACAGAACACGCGGAAGCCGGCCAGAAGGAAAAAUGCCUCCUUCGAUAGAGAUAGCUCUUCUGCUGCUGGGCGUCCUGUCUUUGGAGACGCGCGGCCCGCGCCUCGCCUGUGCGCUCCAGAUCCAACAGGCGUUCGCGUCUCCGAAUCGCACCAAUAACUUCGUGGUGGACCAAGUCUCCGGCAAAGUCUACCUGGCCGCCGUCAACACCGUCUACCAGCUGAACGGGACCCUGGGCAUCGAGGUGGAGAAGAGGACCGGGCCGGUGGAGGACAACCUGUUGUGCCAUGCGCCCCAGUUGCCCCAGGCUCCGUGUGAGCAUCCCAAAACCCUCGUCGACAAUCACAACAAGCUGCUGGAGCUGGACAGGGAGCAGGGCGUCUUGGUGGUGUGCGGCUCGGUAUACCAGGGCUUCUGCGAGCUCCGGAAGACGGGGAACAUAUCGGAAAUAGCGGUGGAGUUCCCGCCGAAGGGCGAGAAGACCGUGUUCCCCAGCAUGCUGAAUAUCGCCGCGAAUGACCCCAACGCCUCCACGGUGGGGCUCAUAUUCAGGAGUCACGGGGGCAACACCCGGCUUCUCGUCGGGGCGACUUACACGGGCGCCGGCACCCCGUUUUUCCCCAAAAACCACAGCAAAGAGGACCUGCGCUUCGAGAACACCCCCGAGAUUGCCAUCCGCUCUCUCAACAUCAAGGAUCUACCUCGGCUCUUCACGUACGACAUCAACCCGUCGGAGGACAACGUGUUCAAGAUCAAGCAAGAGGUCAAGGCGAAAAACAAGCUGAACUUCGUCCGCGCUUUCCUGCAGAAGACUUACUCCUACAUCGCCAUCAACAACGACGCCAAGACGAGCCACAAGGGGAGCCAGCCCAACAGCAUCCUCGCCAGGAUAUGCCUCGACACGGAGAAUCCUCGGAAAUCAGGACCGGAGAGCAGAAAGCUGACCGAGUCCUACAUACAGAUGCCUCUGCAGUGUGGAGCUACCGGCAACAUCUACAGCCGGCUCCUGUCGGUCUACCCCGCGGAGAUCCAGGUGGGCACCGGCGACAAGCCAGAGCCCUAUCUGUUCGGGGUGUUUGCUAAGGCGGAUCGCAAGUCCGCCCUGUGCGCCUUCAGGUUCGGGGACAUCGAGGAGGAGAUCCGGCAGGGCCGGAGGAACUGCUCCAACUCGCCCAGCAGCGACGUGCAGGUGCUGGACAGCGUCAUCCAGGGCUCCGGCGCAGCUUGCAUCCAAAAGGGCAAUCUCGUGUUGCAACCAGAGCAGCUCGACUGUGGUGCAGCACACCUGCAGCACCCUCUGGCACUACAGCGGUCCCUGAGGGCCACGCCUCUAUACGAAUACCCCGGCCUCAGCUCUGUCGCUGUGGACAACGUGCACAGCCACACUGUGGUUUUUCUUGGCACCAGCAAUGGACGACUGCGCAAGUUAACCUUGCUGAGGAACUUGACCUUGGGCAGCCAAUGGACACUCAAGCUGCCGGCCAGCGAAUCAGUUCACCACAUCAUGACCUUCGACACCAACGACAGGAACUUCCUUUAUCUCAUGACCUCUCACCAUUUGCUGAAGGUGAAAGUGACCGAAUGUGGGCAGUACAGGAGCUGCAGUGACUGUCUGGGAGCAGGCGACGCUUAUUGCGGCUGGUGUACCCUGAGGAAUAGAUGUAUGAUCCAAAAGGAAUGUGCCCAGGGACCGCUGGCCCGCUCUUGGAUCAGCAUGAGUGAAGGCCCCCAGCAAUGUCCUUCCAUGACCCUGACUCCCCCAGAGAUCAGCCUCUCUGCAGACAUCAAGUACAUGGGAAUUCUGAUAAAUGGCAGCAUGCCUGAUCUGAUUGGCUCCCAAGUGGAGUGUGACUAUGGAUUGGGUGUUUCGACGGUUGCCACCGUACACCUGGACUACGGUCUCGCUCAGAUCCAGACCUGCCCUCUGCUCCCUCGGGAAAGCUAUCCACACAUCCCGCCUGGAAGAGAUCAUCUCACCGUUCCUGUGGCGAUCAAAGUAAAUGGUACAUCUGUGGUAUCAGGGAGUUUCAUCAUCUAUGACUGUGAGAGAACCGGAGCAAUACACCCUAAGACAUCAUGUGUCAGCUGUCUGAGUACUAGGUGGAGGUGUUACUGGGACCAGCAGACCCACUCCUGUCUCUCCAGUAAGAAUGAGUCGAAACACAACUUGCUCGAGAAUGCUGUUUCCUGUCCCAGCCUGGUUGCCUCAGAUGUUCCACCAUCACCAUCGGGGAUGACCCAGGACUUCACUUUGUCAUUAAGAAAUAUCAAGGAGGGGGAAGAGGUGGAGUGUGACUUUGGGACAGAGCAGCGAUAUCGGGCUACAUGGUUGAAUAGCUCGGCAGUGAAGUGUAGUGGAGUGACACUGCACACGGCGCAGAGGAGUCAGGUGUAUCAUCUCAGCUUGAGGAGGAUCGGCUACUCCGAUAAAUACAUCGACAGCCCUGAACCCAUGGCAGUGGAGGUUUAUAACUGUGCAGUGGGAAGCUGGGACUGUUCCCAGUGCUGGGGCCGGGAGGACCAGGGCCAUCUCUGCAGCUGGUGUGACAACGGCUGCCGGCUCAGAGAUGACUGUCAGCCAAUCAGAGAUCAAUGUCCUGCUCCUAAUAUCCAAAAGAUAUCCCCCCAGAGUGGUCCGCUAGAUGGGGGCACCUUGCUGACGGUUCAGGGUAAGAACCUUGGUCGGAGGGCAGAGGCAGUGAAGGUCUCCAUCGGAUCUGUGCCAUGUACGCUCCUUCCUGAACGCUACACCGUCUCUGUAGAGCUGGUGUGUGUGACCGGGAGGUCUGAAUAUGAAACGGCAGACAUUGUCCAAGUGGUUGUGGACGGGAAUGAGAUGGGGGCUUCAAAGGAGCAAUUCUCAUACUUGGUCCCCAGGCUGCUGUCCAUGGAGCCCAGAAAGGGCCCCCGUGCUGGGGGUACCAGAGUGACCAUCAGAGGGGAACAUCUGGACAUUGGCUCGCAGGUCAGAGUCAAGGUUAAUGGCACACAGGAAUGUGCCAUCAAAAUGCCAGCAGCUGAUAUCAUUGAGUGCACCAUGCCUGCAGCUGUGCAAGAGCACACUGAGCCCGUGGUGGUUUGUCUGGAAUUUGAAAACCUUCCUUGUCAGGGAGAAGAGCUUAGUACGACAUACAGCUACGAGAAAAACCCCACCAUAAGCUUCAUCAAGCCCAAAAGGAGCUACCUCAGCGGUGGCAGGACCAUCACAGUGACGGGCCAAGGUUUUGAUCUGGUGCAGAGUGUUAUCAUGGAGGUGUUGGGAGUUGGACAAACUACCUGCACGGUGCACUCCAUCUCCAUGAUUAAAUGCGCCUCACCGGCCUCCAGCCAGUCCCAGCAGGCUUUGCUGCAGUUCUACCUGAACAGUGUGCUCUACACAGGAGAUAGCCCUGCCUCCUCCGACAGUGAGCCAGAGGAAGAGGAGGAGCCUCACGGAGGUCAGUUCCUGUUGGAAUACGUGGAGGACCCUCAAUUCUUCACCGCCAGCAAGGAGAAGCUGAUCAAACACCACCCCGGCGAGCCGCUCACACUCAUCAUUAACAAAGUGCCAAGCGAUCUGGAACUGGCACCGGAGGAAUACUCAGUGAUGAUUGGCUCCCAUCCUUGUGACAUCAGCUUCUACAAUGACCAGCUGUUCCACUGCACCAUCAACGGCUCGCUGAGCUCCAGUGAAAGAGAGUUGCCUGUCACAGUGCAAGUCGGGAAUUUCCAUCGCACCAUAGCCAAAGUGCAGUUGGGCGGUAGUGAGCUGGCCAUUGUGGUGUCCAUCGUGGUGUGCUGUGUGCUGCUGCUGCUGUGCACUGUGGCUCUUGUAGUGUACUGCACAAAGAGCCGCCGGGCUGAGCGCUACUGGCAGAAAACUCUCCUACAAAUGGAAGAGAUGGAGUCGCAGAUCAGAGAGGAGAUCCGUAGAGGCUUUGCAGAGCUGCAGACGGACAUGACGGACCUGACUAAGGAGCUGAACCGCAGCCAGGGCAUACCCUUUUUGGAGUACAAACAGUUUGUCACACGCACCUUCUUCCCCAAGAUGUGUUCGGAUUAUGAGAAGAGUCUGGUGGUCCAGCCCACCUUUGAGAAUGACGGCUUGGGCCCACGCGCUCUCCCAGAGACCCACCCACUCCUCCAGGACUGGCAGUCCUCCAACACGACACGGCCAAACAUGGAGGAGGGCAUCACUCUUUUCUCCACACUUCUCAACAACAAGCACUUUCUGAUCACCUUCGUCCACGCCUUGGAGCAGCAGAAGGACUUCGCUGUGCGAGACAGAUGUAGCUUGGCCUCAUUGCUCACCAUCGCCCUCCAUGGCAAACUUGAGUACUACACCAGCAUCAUGAAGGACCUGCUGGUUGACCUGAUCGACGCCUCAGCUUCGAAGAACCCCAAACUGAUGCUUCGUCGCACCGAGUCUGUGGUGGAGAAGAUGCUGACCAACUGGAUGUCCAUCUGCAUGUACAGCUACCUCAAGGAGACAGUGGGUGAGCCAUUCUUCUUGCUGCUGUGUGCCAUCAAGCAGCAGAUCAACAAGGGCUCCACAGACGCCAUCACAGGAAAGGCCCGCUACACCCUCAAUGAGGAGUGGCUGCUGCGGGAAAACAUCGAGGCCAAGCCACAGAACAUCAACGUGUCCUUCCAAGGCUGUGGCAUGGACUCUCUGUCUGUCCGGGUCAUGAACUCAGACACUAUCUGCCAGGUGAAGGAAAAGAUCAUCGAAGCCUUUUAUAAAAAUCUCCCCUUCUCCCAGUGGCCUCGGGCCGAGGAUGUAGACCUGGAGUGGUUUGACUCCGGCAGUAACAGCAGGAUUCUGCAGGACCUGGAUAACACCUCGGAGAUGGAGGAUGGCCGGAAGAAGCUCAACACGGUCUUCCACUACCAGAUCCCAGAAGGUGCCUCGCUGGCCAUGAGCAUGAAGGACAAGAGAGAUAACACCCUGGGGAGAGUCAAAGACCUGGAUACAGAGAAGUAUGUACACUUGGUCCUCCCCCAUGAUGAGUUAAUGGAGACCAAGAAGUCUCACAGGCAGAGCCACCGCAAGAAGGUCCUGCCGGAAAUCUACCUGACACGCCUGCUGUCUACCAAGGGGACGCUGCAGAAGUUUUUGGAUGACCUGUUCCAGGCCAUCCUCAGCAUCCCUCCAGAGCGCCCCCCAUUGGCUGUCAAAUACUUUUUUGACUUCCUGGAGGAGCAGGCAGACAAACGGGGCAUCACAGACCCAGACACCCUACACAUCUGGAAGACAAACAGCUUACCUCUGCGCUUUUGGGUGAACAUCCUGAAGAACCCUCAGUUUGUGUUUGACAUCGAUAAAACGGACCACAUGGAUGCCUGUCUGUCUGUCAUUGCACAGGCCUUUAUAGACGCCUGUUCCAUCUCUGACCUGCAGCUUGGCAAGGACUCGCCCACCAACAAGUUAUUAUAUGCCAAGGAAAUCCCGGAGUAUAAGAAGAGGGUGCAGUGCUACUACAAGCAGAUCCAGGAGAUGGCACCGCUCAGCGAGCAGGAGAUGAAUGCUCACUUGGCCGAGGAGUCACGGAAAUACCGAAAUGAAUUUAACACCAACCUGGCCUUGACAGAGAUCUACAAAUAUGCCAAGAAAUACAGAAUACAGGUGGUGAAUGCUCUGGAGUCCAACCCCACCGCUCGUCGCACUCAGCUGCACCACAAGUUUGAGCAGGUCAUUGCUCUCGUGGAGGACAACAUCUAUGAGUGCAGCAGUGAGGCCUAAAUCUGCCAAAUUUUCCUCUUCUCGCCACCUCUACUGCUGCCGACUGCCUGUCUCCUACCUACUAUAUUACCCGGGAAUGUCUGUCCCCAAAGAAUUACCAAUCACGAGUCUCAUUAUUCCUCUCCUGAAAAGCGCACAGGCUGGAACAAUUGAGAAAGUGGCCGGACCAGAGACUCCCCGCUGCCUGUUAAAAUGUCCCUCAUUUGUGAAGUACUCUGCAUUUCCUCUACAUCAUGGAGUGCCACUUCAUUUUCCAAGAGUGUUUACCAAGACACAGAAAGAAUUACAGUCUGGUUCAACUUUGCUUUAGCGAGAGACAGAGUUAAGAUGUAAUAAUCUGGAGAUGGGACUCUCCAGUUCGCUCUGGAUAAUGUCACAGUUACUGGGACAUAAAGCCCUGGUGGCAAUCUUACGCACUGAUGCCCUUCUUAAGGGAACGAGCCAAUGAUGCACUGUACUGUAUUAUAAUGUCCAUAGCAAUAUUUAUAGAUGUGUUCUAAUGCUUUCAAGUGGCCUGUCCAAUAGUAUGAGUAAGAAUGACCGUGACAAACUCUUCCACCAUUUCCUAAAGCCUGCAGUGUUCUCAGGUGUGACCAGCGAAGAUAAGCGACUCACCUCCAUUGGUGCUUUGAACUACCUUUCCCAAUGUACUUUGCAGGUAGAUGACAGGUUUAGGGGGAGUGUAAAUGAAUCAAAACAGCUUUAUAUUGGUAAUCUCUUUGUGUCACAGACCUGCCUGCAAAAUGACUGAAGUACUAUAUUGGAUCAGAGUAAAUGUAGUUUAAUGGGAAGAGCUACAUCAUUUCAAAAUGUUCAUCAGUGUGCUUAUAAAUGGAUGAUUAUCAUGUUCGACCAAUGGACAAGAGGGAACUUUAAGUUUAUAGAAAGAAGCGUGAGCUCAGUAUAGUCCAAGAAUUACAUGACUGUAUUUGUGAUGCCAAAUGACCUUCCAGAGUUUGUGAAAUAAAUGACUGUAUUUAGAAUUUUAA